UACCAUAUCCAUCCUAAAAUUAACAAAUAACCCAAAUAUAAAAAGAGAAAAAGAAAAACUUAUUUUCCGAAGAUCUGUCGGAGCUGCAGGAGAGAAAUGAAUUGAAUUGAAUGGAAAACAAAGCAUGAGAGGUUAAUAUUAUCCAUUCGUCCUCUUUCCUUUUCCAUCCUCACCUUCUGCCUGUUCUGGAUUUUGAUCGUGACUCGUGAGCACAGCAGCUUAGCGCAUAAGAGAAACUGAUGAGAGAUUGUUGGAUGAGGAAACGGGCGUAAUACAGAAUCGUAUUGUUUGAUGGGCAACACAUGCCGUGGAUCUUUGAGAGGAAAAUAUUUUCAGGGCUUCAGCCAGCCCGAAGACCCCUCCAGGCGCAGCAAUCCUUCUGACCCCUCCGACUCAGAGCACCUCCCCAAGCAGAAUCCCAAUUCAGCAGACAACAACAACAACAGCAACAACAACAACAACAACAACAACAACAACAACAUCAACAACAACAAGAGAAAUCUACCCUUCAAGAAGGACACCAUCAUGCGCAGAGGCCCCGACAACCAAGCUUAUUAUGUCCUGGGUCAUAAGACUCACAACAUUCGUGAUCUCUACACUCUUGGCCGCAAACUGGGUCAGGGCCAAUUUGGCACCACUUAUUUAUGCACCGAGAAUUCCACCAACAUCGAAUACGCAUGUAAAUCCAUCUCCAAGAGGAAGUUGAUUUCCAAGGAGGACGUGGAAGACGUUAGGAGAGAAAUUCAAAUAAUGCACCAUUUAGCUGGUCACAAGAACAUCGUCACCAUCAAGGGUGCUUAUGAGGAUCCUCUCUACGUCCAUAUUGUCAUGGAGCUUUGUUCUGGGGGUGAGUUGUUUGAUCGCAUCAUCCAAAGGGGCCACUACACCGAGAGGAAGGCUGCUGAGUUGACCAAAAUCAUUGUUGGAGUUGUUGAGACUUGCCAUUCCCUCGGGGUUAUGCAUAGAGAUCUUAAGCCUGAAAACUUCUUGUUGGUUAAUAAGGAUGAUGAUUUCUCUCUUAAAGCAAUUGACUUUGGCCUCUCUGUUUUCUUCAAACCAGGUCAAGUAUUCACUGACGUGGUUGGCAGUCCGUACUAUGUUGCUCCUGAGGUUCUCCUCAAGCAUUAUGGCCCCGAAGCAGAUGUGUGGACAGCAGGCGUCAUUCUAUACAUAUUACUUAGUGGAGUGCCGCCGUUUUGGGCAGAAACCCAGCAGGGUAUAUUUGAUGCUGUUUUGAAGGGGCAUAUAGAUUUCGACUCUGAUCCAUGGCCUUUAAUUUCUGAUAGUGCUAAAGAUCUGAUUAGAAAGAUGCUGUGUUCUCGGCCUUCAGAACGGUUGACAGCUCAUGAAGUGUUAUGUCAUCCAUGGAUAUGUGAAAAUGGAGUUGCCCCCGACAGAGCAUUGGACCCUGCUGUUCUUUCCCGCCUUAAACAGUUCUCUGCAAUGAACAAACUAAAGAAGAUGGCUUUGCGGGUAAUUGCUGAAAGUUUGUCCGAAGAGGAGAUUGCUGGUUUGAGAGAGAUGUUUCAAGCUAUGGAUACUGAUAACAGUGGUGCAAUUACUUUUGAUGAGCUUAAAGCUGGUCUAAGAAGAUAUGGGUCAACCCUUAAGGAUACAGAAAUACGUGAUCUUAUGGAGGCGGUAGGGCAUAGUUCUAUGAAAAUUAUCCAUCUGUAUUUUGUGUACCUACCCCCUUCUUUAUUUUCCUCCCUUUUGUUCACAUUGUGUUCCAUCCAGCUGAAACAUUUGUUAUUUCAGGCUGAUGUGGACAAUAGUGGGACUAUAGAUUAUGGAGAGUUUAUCGCUGCAACAAUUCAUCUCAACAAGCUAGAGCGCGAGGAACAUCUCAUUGCAGCAUUUCGAUAUUUUGACAAGGAUGGGAGUGGCUAUAUUACAGUUGACGAACUUCAACAAGCUUGUAUAGAACAUAACAUGACUGACGUUUUUCUUGAAGAUAUUAUUAGGGAAGUUGAUCAAGAUAAUGAUGGAAGGAUUGAUUAUGGUGAAUUUGCUGCCAUGAUGCAAGGCAAUGCUGGAAUUGGAAGGAGGACUAUGCGCAACAGCCUGAAUUUAAGCAUGAGAGAUGCACCAGGUGUCUGAUUCUCAUCGGUGCAGGUUGUACAGCAAAAUCCAGAAAGAGAAAAAUAGCAUGAAUCUUUUAUAAAGAAAAAGAUUUGUUGCUAUCCUGCACAGGGAUCCACUCGCAUGCAAGAAGAAUGGGGGAUCAUAGAUGCUGUCCCAUGAACACUCCUCAAUUGUUUGCAUUUAUGUGCUGUAUGAAUGAUUGCGAAAGUUAUUUUGAUCUUUGUAAACUCCAGUUUCAACGUAACAGCUGUUUCAAGUUAGUCGUUAUUUUUCUGUACUUUCAUGUAGGGGAAUUCUGUUAAUAGUCGAAGUAGAAGGAUUUGAAAGGUUUUGAUUUUACGGAUGUAGAGUUUUACACGAGUGAAGUUGAUGGUUUGGGCGAACUAUGAAGCCUGUUUGGAUGUGUUGACUGUUGAUGUGAAAGUAGACACAUAAUAUAUCUCAGCUGGCUUGUUUUUCAAUUAAA